AUGGCGGCGACACAGGCAGCGUCGGCGUCCCCAACCUACCACCGCGCGUCCCCGGGGACGUCGCCGCCGCAGCCACCGUACCCCAGCGCUGCCAGGAUCGCCGACUCCGCCUGCUUCCCCCAGUACACCGCCUCGCUCAAGUGUUUGGAGGCCAACCAGGACAAGAGCAAGUGCCAGCAGCAGUUCGACGAUUAUAAGGAAUGCAAGAAGAAAGAGAGGGAGGCUCGGCUCGAACGGAAUAAAACCAGAUCACUCUUUGGGUGA